AUGUCGGCGUCUACCGCCGGCGCGCGCGCGUCCCUGUCGCGCUCGGUGGGACCCAGCGGUAAACAUCGCCCGAUCGCGUUCGCGUCGCGCCGUCCGCGCGCCGUCGCCGCUCCGGAACCUCGGCGGGGGCGAGCGACGAGCGGAUUUCUCGAAGUGUACGCCCCGCGACGGAGCGACGAUGGACUGGAGCGACGACGACGACGACGCCGAAGGGUGCGCGCCUCUGCGGACGAUGAAGCCGCGUGGUCCAGCGCCGGGACGCUCAACCCCGAGCUCAGCUACGACGAGGAGUUCUGCAUCAUCGACAAGGGGUGCGGGCACGUCCUGCGGCAGCUCACCGCCUCCCCCGAGGACGUCGAGAGACUCGACGCGCUGCUUCGCGAGGUUUCAUUCGACGCCAACGUGGACGAGUGGCUCGCGCUCCUGAAGUCCUCCGAGGACACAUCCGACGGGGACGACGCGGGCGGCGUCACCGGCGCGACCGGCGUCUUCGACGAGGACGGCGACCUCGUCGGCUUCGGCAGCACCGUCGUCUACGGAACCAACACCGACGCCCCGUUCGGGUGGGUGGGCAACAUCGUCGUGCGAUCCGACUAUCGCAAGAGGGGAGUCGCGUCGAUGGUCCUCAGGGCGGCGCUCGACUCCAUGGGCGCCGCCACGCUCGCGGUGCUGGACGCCAGCGCGAUGGGCGCGCCGCUGUACCUCAAGGCUGGGUUCGCGCCCGUCGCCGCCGUCCGCCGGUGGACGCUGUCGCGGGACCAGGCGCUCGGAAUUUCGUCCAGCUGUGGUUCGAAAAACGCGGGCGACGUCGCCACCGCAAUGGACGCCAUCGACGCCACCGCGGACUGGUCCGAGGGCGACGGCGCGCUCAUCACCGACAUGGACGCCGCGGUGUUCGGCGCCUGCCGCGGGAACACGCUGAGGGCGUGGCGCGAUACCGUCCCACAGCUGUGCGUCGUGGAGGACGGCGUGGGAUACGCCGUCGCGCACAGACGCGGUCGCAAGCUGUACCUAGGCCCGGUGGGCCUCGACGUUCGACCGGGGCGAACUUACUCGACGAUUCGCGCGAGGGAGUUCGUGGAGCGGUACCUGACGCUCGCCACGCACCACCUCGCGACGAGCGGCGGCGGCGGCGGGGACGAGGGAGACGACGACGACGCUUGCGAUGGGAUGGUGGUGUACGUUCCCGAGGGUUUGGAAGAGGGAUCGUUGGCGACGGAUUCGGCCGGUCGGCAGCUGCGGGGCGUGAGCGCGUUGACGUGCGCGCUCAAACGACGGGGGUUCGAGGCUGGGGAGCGUACGACGAGGAUGGUGAUGGCGCCGGCGACGCGGGACGAGUGCAUCGGGGACUGGUGCAGUUCGGACGAAGGGGAGGAGGAGCUCGAGGGGUUCGUCACGCCGCUCAAGACGGACCCAACCGUGGACGCGAAGAAAGCGGACGUGCCCGGGCUCGGGCAGGGCUGCCUCACCGUCGCCAGCCUCGACCUCGGCUGA